AUGUCGUUCGCGAAUCUCCCGCUCAAGAUUUGCGGGCUUCCUAGCAACCGCCCUUCGAUACGAACUGUGAAGGAAGCGAAGCGCCCCUGGCUCGGAGACAACAGCAACAUGGAGCCUCAAGAGCCAACUUCUCCCGCAGACGAGGCAGAUGUCAACAGAAGGACUGAGUCAUGGUUCCAUCUCCCAGCAGAAGAGGACAGGAGUCAGUUCCUGGGUCUGGAAUUUCAGGACAGUCGUCUGUCACCUGCCCUCGCUCUGCUGCCGGAGUACGACUUCUCGGGAUACUCUCUCUUCCAACAAACAACAGACUUAGAGUUUGCCCCUUUAAGGGGGUCUCCAGACGUGUCUGUAGCCUCUGAGAGGUUUCUGACACCGCAGGCCAAGAAGGGCAGUAGCGGCGUUGUCCAGUCGUCUGACCCUCACCGUGCCUCUCUGUCCCAGCAUCCUCUAGCCUACACCUCCACCCUGUCUGAGCACCCUCUGGGUCACACUUCCACCCUGUCUCAGUCAGAGGAGCGGGCCAGUAGCUGCUGCUCCCUCUCCGAACACAGCAUGUCCCCUGGUGACGAGUUGGGACAACCAGAGGAGGACCGCUACGCAGCCACCGUCAGAGAUAACGAGGGGCAGAAGACUCAUCGUUCUGGGACACGUACCAGUCUCCUUGACCCAGACAGAGCUCUGUCCGUGCUCCCUGACGACAACGCUUCCUUCCUCAGCGGGGACAUCCCUGCUAGAAAGCUGCUGGAGCUGCUCCAGAAGGACGUUGGGAUGCCCAGCGGUAGCAGCAGUGCUCUCUCCUCUGCCUCUGAGACCUCUCUCAACAGGACUAACUUCUUUGGGGGAGAAUCCAGGAGUGACAGCUGUGUUUCCAAACCAGGUGGCUUGAGAGAAGAGAGGGAUGUGAGCCAAAGAGUGCAGCCUGACGUCUCACCUGAGCUGCAGCCUGACGUCUCACCUGAGCUGCAGCCUGACGUCUCACCUGAGCUGCAGCCUGACGUCUCACCUGAGCUGCAGCCUGACGUCUCACCUGAGCUGCAGCCUGACGUCUCACCUGAGCUGCAGCCUGACGUCUCACCACCAGUCACAGGGAGAAGAGAAGGCCCUCAAGGAGGAGCCUCCAUCUCACCUGAGAAGACGGAGAAACUCAAAAGUAAACAGUCUUCGCGGAUGUCUGAAAUUUCCAACAUCACCAUCCGUUCCCUGAGCAGCCAGCCGGAUGAAAGCAGUAAUGCGCUCCGCAGGCAGCUCUGCUCGGAGCUAGAGAGGAGUCUGGACUCUGAGCCUGGAGCAGAGACCCAGAGAGGUGCAGGCCGUGGGCCCGUACCCUCCUUACACAGUGAAGUCAACACACUUGACAUUGUCACCAAUACACCUAACGUUUUAACAACUGGAUCCGCCAAAGGGAGGUUGAGCGUGACCAGAGGGCUACUGGACAGUGUGUUAGGGGCCGGGGCCGGGGUCGGGGCCCAGUUUUCAGCAGGGUUCAGUGUGGAGCGAGGUCAUAGGGAGACAGACCUCUGGUCCUCAGGGAACCAGACAGGCAUAGAACAAGACGUCUCGUUCCUGAGCCUCCUCCCCCAGCCCGUGUCCCAGUCCACCCCAGGUGUGUUCCUCCACGCUCCAGUCAGAUCCAGCACUAAGCUGUCUGCCCUCACCUUUAACAUGGAGGUCUCUCAGCGCUCUUCAGGCUCCAGAGUCUCCUCCCAGCCCCAGCCUGCUGUAGUCACCCUGCCUGAUAGAGCCACCCCUGUCCCGGACCCCCCUCUGCCUGCCAGAGAGACAGUACAGGAGCCCCCAGGAAGAAGCCACCAUUCUCUCCCCAGUCUCAACUACCUACAGAAGGUUGAUGCCUGGAAGGCCAACCAGAGUUCAAACAAGAUGUCGUUCUAUGACAACCUGUCUCUUCAGGGCUUCUCCGGGGUCUCUCCCAAGCAGAAGGCCUACGAUGCAGUCUCUGAGUCUCUGACCCGUAUGCUGACUCUUCCACAGCUGGGCAACCAGACCCUCAGCAGGUGUGAAUCUGGACCCUCCUCCCCUACCAGAGGGGAGGCAGCAGGUAGUGGUCUUCCCGAGAGAGAGGACACAGCAGGGCCUGUAGGAGGGCCAUCCCCCCUGGGCAGGUCUCAGUCUCACUCCUCCCUCAACACAGUGGUCACGUCUAUCCAGAGAGCUCAGCAUGCACAGACGCACACUGACCAGGACAGCAGCCAGACACAGACAGAGGAGGAGAGCGCUCCAGGGCAGCCCAGGGAGUUGGAGAGGACCCAGGGAGGGUCAGGGUCAGACAGGGUUCAGUCAGGAGGUAGACCUGAACAGCCCAGUGGUGCUCCAACCGAGCCCUCUCCUUUCAUCAGCCUGGGACGCUUCAGUAACGUGUCAUCAAACCGAGACGUCCUCUCCAGCUCCCAGGACAGUGGUCACAGUGGGCAGAACUUUGAGGUGUCCGUCAGGGCUGCUUCUUCUGUGGUCAGUCUGGAGGUGGAUAACUAUGCCCCGUACUGGUCCUCCAAACCCUCCUCACCACACAAGGAGAGGGAGCUCAACAUUGAAGAAAGGAUUCCGAUGUACCUUCACAACCUUGGGAUCGACCAAUCUCCUUCUACGAUCCUCAAUCCCUUUGGACCUCGAGGGCCAAUCAGAGAGCCAGAGUUCUCUCCCACUGAUCUGUGCACCAUAAAGGGAUCCACAGCCACUGGCACGCCAACCAAGAGCACACAGCCUUCUGAAGGCGACAGCCCUCAUAAAGGAGAGUUCUCGAGGUCCAGCCUGCUGUCUGUGGCCUCAAGCAUGUCUCUACCUCUCAGUGUGGACAGCCUCCAUCUCCAUCCCAUAAGGAGCCAGGCAGAGAACACCAGGGACUGCCUGUCCCCGUCUCCGGGACCAGACAGAGACAGGUCUCCCAGCCAGGGCAGUCUGAGGAUGGCCCUCUGCCCCCUGGAUAUCUCAGUGGAGAACACAGUGGUCCAGGACUCCCAACAGGAUCCUCAUUGUCUCCAGCCAUCCUCCCCUGCACCACAGUCCACCCAGCCCCAAGACCUCCACCUCUACCAGAUCCCUGCACCACAGUCCACCCAGCCCCAAGACCUCCACCUCUACCAGCUCCCUGCACCACAGUCCAAUAAUCAAAAGUACCCUGGCUUGCUUCCGGACCUACAAUCCUCUGCGCCACAACAGAGAGACAGCAGAGUUAAUGUCUCUACCCAGGCUGCUAUAGAGCUGGCAGGGAGGCUUGAGUCCAGUUCUGACAGCUUAUCUCAGUACAGAGACAGGGUCAAAAACAGCUUAUCUCAAAACAAAGAUGGCGACCGAGACAGUUUAUACAGGGACAGAGACAUCUUGUCUCAAUACAGAGACAGAGCAGUAGCAACCUGUCCCCAGGUUAACACCACCAUGGAUCGUAGUAAUCCUGACGAUUCCUUCGUAGGCUCCCAGACUCUGCAGGACAUUAGGCUUUUGCUGGGCCGGGCUGAAAACAUUGUGUCGGGUGGCUCCUCCUCCUCUGGCGCCUCCUCCCACCUCCUCCACUCUGACGAUGACAUCCUGCUCCUCUCUCUCAGGAGGAAGAUGGAAGGAUUCCAGGACUCCUCCUUCACCUCCUCCUCUGGUGGGGCCGGAGUGGGGGACCUAAGGAGUCACUCCUCAUUGCUUUGGGCCCGCUCCUCCUCUGACUCCAUGCUACCGGGGGUUAGGAAGAGAGAUGAGAGCUCUGCCUACAGCGGGGAAGGUCAUGUCAGGCUAACCAGAGAAGCAGAGCACCAGUCCACACCCGCCAGAGAGGAGUCUGGGAGACUACUACAGGACAGAGAGCAUUAUGGGAGACCACAGGACAGUUCUGAAGACAGAGAGCAUUAUGGGAGACCACAGGACAGUUCUGAAGACAGAGAGCAUUAUGGGAGACCACAGGACAGUUCUGAAGACAGAGAGCAUUAUGGGAGACCACAGGACAGUUCUGAAGACAGAGAGCAUUAUGGGAGACCACAGGACAGUUCUGAAGACAGAGAGCAUUAUGGGAGACCACCACAGGACAUCUCCGGCGGUAGCUCCACCUUCCUCCUGACCGAAUCCGUGCGGAGGGCGGAGCCUGAGGGCUGCAGUGCCGGCCUCUCGGACACGAGGAUUGGCCCUGUGCUGUUGUCAGUUAUGCCGGUCAGCCAACCUGGUCCCUCAUUGGGUGAUGCUGUCGGUGGCAAGCUGCAGCAGGCUUCAACAACAACAGUGGGAGGAGGGAACACAGUGCAGGUGGCUCCAGCAGAAGAAAACUCUUCCUCCUCUUCGUCCUCCUGUCCCGUGGGCUCUGAGCAGGGGUGCGGAGGUCUGUCUGAGCAGGGGUGCGGAGGUCUGUCUGAGCCGGCCCAAGGUGGGGAUCAGGGUGGAGAUGCUCUGAGUGAUGGUGGUAGCAGCAGUGGUAGUUCUCUAGCAGCCAGGGUAGCCAGGUUGCUCCAGAGUGAGUCUCCAGCCACGGUGGUGUCCCUGUCCAGCCGAGCUAGUACCGCCACCGCAGACCUGGAGGAAAGCAGAGCCAGAGAGUGGCUGAGGAUGAAGGUGUCGGGGCAGCAGUGUGAAACUCUGGAGCUCAACACGGAGGAUAGACAACGCAUAGAAGAGAUCAAGAGAGAGAUACUCUUUAAACACCCACUAAAGAGCCAGAGGAGCAUGGACACGGACAGCAGUACUGCGUCCAGCCUUGUAGGUCCAGGGGGCCAGCCUCCCUCCCUACCCCAGCCUGAGGAGCAGUUGGGUGCGGAGCAGCAGCAGUUCAGGGCCCUGAGGGCAGCAGAGGACUGUCUGUCCCACCAGCUACAGCAGCUGAGCAGGAACCCGUUUGACGACAGCGUUGAGCUGCGUACCCCUCUAAGGCAGGACCUAGAGGGCCGGGUCAGACAAAUCGCCCUCCGAGAGGGGUUAUACGUCCUCCCUAGAACGCACCCUCCACCCCUCACCUCCAUCACCAUUGCUACCUCCCGCCGCUCCCCCCUCCCCGAGCCUCUACAGGUGUCCCGGUUCACCUUAGAAGGGGUCUCCCAACCCACAGUGCAGGGGUGGCUACCUCAGACACAGCCCCAGCAGCAGGGGAGGGAGAGCACCACCACCUCGACACACUGCUCCAUGUCCAGAGACCCAACCACCAUGACUGGAUCACAGGCCAACAGCAGCAGUCUGUACCCCAGAGACAGAAAGACACGCCUGGGACAGGAGCCGGGCCAGGAGCCGGGCCAGGAGUCGGGCCAGGAGUCGGGCCAGGAGUCGGGCCAGGAGUCGGGCCAGGAGUCGGGCCAGGAGUCGGGCCAGGAGUCGGGCCAGGAGCCGGGCCAGGAGCCGGGCCAGGAGCCGGGCCAGGAGCCGCUGCCUGGUGGAGACCAAGAGAACCACUUUGCUGGUCCCCCCCACUCUGCAGCUCCUCUCCCUCUAACCCCAGGCAUGUACGGGCAGAUUUCCAGUUCUCACCUCGACGUAGGGCGUCCUGGGUCCAUCAUGGGUUCUGGAGCAGACUGGGUCUCUGGAGCUUGGACCACCAGGACGGGUCAGGUCUCCCACCUCCACCUCACCCUCUCCCCUGGUCCUAAAGGGGCUGAAGAGAGGUCUCGGAGACUUCUGUCCUUUGCUCCUGUCAGACACUCCUCUGCUGUCUCCAGCAGUGUUGACGUAGACGAGAGCCUAGGAUACACCCCCGAGCCUGCCCGGGCCAAUCAGACGGGGUCGCAGGAGAACAGAGAUACAAUUUGGAGACAGGGGCAUGAGACGGCCGACGCCUCAGUUCAGAUCACCACGGGAACGGCAACCUCCACCUUCCCACAAUGCUUCACACCUCCCCAGAGGCUGACUGGUACCGGUCCAUCUAGGCAGGCGGCGCUGUCGGUUCUGUUGCCAUAUAAACCACACGGCAGUGAGGAGAUGUUCUACAUAUCCCAGACACAUACGGACCCACAGCUUUCCCCCGUACGAUCUGACUCCACCAUGGAGAGUUCCCACCCAGGCUCGGACGACGCGGUGCCCCCUCGCUUCAACAUAGAGAUCCUGGGGUCACGAGAGCAGCAGGUGGACCAGGUGGUGGACAGGGGGGUCAACAUCAAACACACAGAGGGUAUCUACAGCAAAAGACAAAGACUGGGAGACAGCUACAGUAUGGAGAGGACAGGUACUGCCGUGCCAGUGGAUGAAGGCCAACCAAUGAUUGACCAGCGUACUCCACAGUCAAUAUGCUUCUCUCAUGUAACAGGAGGGUUAACCAGAGGUCCUGCUAUACCCUCCACCACCACUAGAGUUCCUGCUAUACCCUCCACCACCACUAGAGGUCCUGCUGUACCCUCCACCACCACUAGAGGUCCUGCUGUACCCUCCACCACCACUAGAGGUCCUGCUGUACCCUCCACCACCACUAGAGGUCCUGCUGUACCCUUCACCACCACUAGAGGUCCUGCUGUACCCUCCACCACCACUAGAGGUCCUGCUGUACCCUCCACCACCACUAGAGGUCCUGCUGUACCCUCCACCACCACUAGAGGUCCUGCUGUACCCUCCACCACCACUAGAGGUCCUGCUAUACCAACCACCACCAUUAGAGGUCCUGCUGUACCCUCCACCACCACUAGAGGUCCUGCUAUACCAUCCACCACCACUAGAGGUCCUGCUAUACCAUCCACCACCACUAGAGGUCCUGCUAUACCAUCCACCACCACUAGAGGUCCUGCUAUACCAACCACCACCACUAGAGGUCCUGCUAUACCAUCCACCACCACUAGAGGUCCUGCUAUACCAUCCACCACCACUAGAGGUCCUGCUAUACCCUCCACCACCACUAGAGGGCCUGCUAUACCCUCCACCACCACUAGAGGUCCAUCUGGGGCCAUGAGAGACCAUGGAACCUCAAUCACCAUCUCCACACACACCCAGGGGGUCCCAGACACAGACCGCCUUGUCCAGCCCUCCCUUCGCUGCAGCCUGGGGGUGGGGGAGGAGGAGCUGGAGGUUUUUCAGCCUCUGCAUGUUGAGAUGGACUAUAGUUCUAUGGACCUCCACCAUCACUACCCCAAAACUCACCAUCUUCACAUGGACCACCAGAUCUCCAACGCUCACCUUGUCCGAACCUCAGCCCCUCACCCAGGGAUGGAGCGAGAGCCGGGGAGGCGGGACCACAGUCUAGCCCAGCGGAGUGGCAGCACUCUGGACCAACUGUGGCGCAGGUUCAGUGAGAGGUGGAGCCUGGAGGAGGCCCGGCCCACCAAUGAGAGAGAGGCGUCCCUGCUGGAGCGGCUGGAGCGUCUGUCCCGCCUCAUCCACAGCACCUCCUCCUUCCUCCCAGAGCCAGAACCAAGGCAGCAGACUGACACCACAGAACAAGAGGGAGGAGGGAGGAGAAGAGAACGGAAGAGUAGUAGGAAGGAGGAAGAGAGAAGAGGAGGUGUUGAGGAAGGGAGGAGAAGAGGAGGUGUUGAGGAAGGGAGGAGAGGAGGAGGUGUUGAGGAAGGGAGGAGAAGGAGAGAGGAGAGCAGCAGUGGACGGAGCGAUCCCGAUGCUAACCCUAACCAGGCUAAGCCUCGUGUUCCGCGCCAGGCCUGGGAGCAGCAGGAUGAGGAGCCCGCAGAGGGGGAGGACUGCCCAGCCUCUUACAGCUCUAGCCCCUCCCACCGCCCGGCCCGCAGCCAAUACCUGUGUCCAGCAGAGAGAGAGAGGUCUGGGAGCAUCUCAGGGGAGACCAGCAGCUCCAUGUCUACAAUAGACACAGCCCGACUGGUGAGGGCCUUCGGAGCCCACAGGGUCAGAGGGCUGAAUACAGGAGGGGCUAUCUCCAGUCACAGGACCAGCCACAGCCUUAGUAAACUGUACAGCACCAUCCUUCGGCAGAGCAAGGAGCAGAGGAGAGGAGGAUCCAGAGAGACUCCUCAUAUCCCCCCAGUCCCCUCAGAGUCUACUGGCACUGAUGACUCUGUAGUUCCAGCGGACUCUGCAUCAUCAACCAGCACCUACACCCUCCCCUCGCAUCGUGGCCCCUCCCACUCCAAGAAGGCAGUCAGACAUGUCAGUAAAGGCGUACAGGCAGGGGACCUGGAGAUUGUGAGUAACGGAACGCGUCGCCACACCCGUGACGUUGGCACAACGUUCCCCUCGCCAGGCUCAGCCAGGGGUGCCAGGGUGCUCCCCUCCUCACACUCUGGUAGCAAGAGGGGUAGAGCGGGGGACAGGAGCCCUCCUCCUAAAACCCAGAGGAAGAGGAAGAUGAGCCAACCCUCUGCCAAGCCCUACUACCCUCAAGGUGUAUCAUGGCACAUCCCUGCUGAGGACCUGAGAGCUGAGGGCAGGAAGGAGAACAAUCCAGAGGAGCAGCCUCCCCAGGGCCCGGCCUGGUUUGAACCCUACAGCAGAACCACCCGGCCCUGGAGAGAACCGCUCAGACAGAGACAAAUACAGGACAGGGAGAGACUGACAGACAGACUACAGACCAAUCAGCUGGAGGCUGACCGGGACAGACCCAGUGAGAGGCAGCACAUCAAGCACAGCAUCAUCACCCCUCCUGGGCCUGAACCCACUGGCAACGCCCCCGCCGCUCUGGUCCGCAUCUCUCUCCAGGAAGCUCUGGAGCUGCGCCGGCCAGAGUUCGUGUCUCGGUCUCGGGAGAGGGUGAAGCGUCUGCUGCUGCAGGUGGAGGAGAGGAAGCUGCAGGUUGUCUUCAGCAGAGAGAGAAACGAGCUCUUCAACCAACCCAGAAGACCAGGGAGACUGUCCCAAACUGCAGAUACCAACCGUCCCCCGGUGUCCCAAACUGCAGGUACCAACCGUCCCCCGGUGUCCCAACCUGCAGGUACCAACCCUCCCCCAGUCUCCCAACCUGCAGGUACCAACCCUCCCCCGGUGUCCCAACCUGCAGGUACCAACCCUCCCCUAGUCUCCCAACCUGCAGGUACCAACCCCUCCCACGGGUCCCAACCUGCAGGUACCAACCGUCCCCCGGUGUCCAACCUGCAGGUACCACCCUCCCCCCAGUCUCCCAACCUGCAGGUACCAACCCUCCCCCGGUGUCCCAACCUGCAGGUACCAACCCUCCCCCCAGUCUCCCAACCUGCAGGUACCAACCCUCCCCCCAGCUCUCCCAACCUGCAGGUACCAACCUCCCCCCAGUCUCCCAACCUGCAGAUACCAACCCUCCCAGUCUCCCAACCUGCAGGUACCAACCCUCCCCCAGUCUCCCAACCUGCAGGUACCAACCCUCCCCAGUCUCCCAACCUGCAGGUACCAACCCUCCCCCAGUCUCCCAACCUGCAGGUACCAACCCUCCCCCAGUCUCCCAACCUGCAGGUACCAACCCCCCUAGUCUCCAACAACCUGCAGGUACCAACCGUCUCCCAACCUGCAGGUACCAACCCUCCCCCAGUCUCCCAACCUGCAGGUACCAACCGUCUCCCAACCUGA